AUGCCCAGUACUGCGGUUCGCUUCGGACCGUUCAACUACCCGGUUUUACACAUUUGGCAUCGAGACAAUGGAAACAAUAGUGGCAACAGUUUUCCCGUCUUUACAGGGCUUAAGGGUGUCCAACCAGUUUCCGCCGCUCGAGUAUGGUCAUAUCAAUACGACUCAACCUCGGUCGGUCUGCGUGGGGCUGUCGAAUUGCUCAACGUGACUGAGUUCCCAUCCUUCUUGCUCUACAAGCCACUACCUGGUCAACCAGCAACAAACGCAACCAGUCUAGUGGACCUCGGCACAGUCUUCAGCAUGCUCGAUGCCUUGAUUACCGCCUCACGGACUCAUCUACGACCAACAAAAACAAACUCACCAGUACUGCGAUAUGCCACGAAGCACAACUGGAUCGACCGUCUGCAUCACUACCUCGCCGGCUUUGCUGCCAAGAAUUACGCUUGGAGAUUACACUCGCUACAUGCCCCCAACAUCUCCCACAAUGCGCUUGCGAUAUGCUCCAAGGACGGCUUCGAGCAACGAUCUACGCCACGUCCUCGCUUCUGCAAUCAUCCUGGUAUCUGGAAAUGCAAACAUCCACUGAACGCGUCAUUGCCCGACGUCCGACUUUGGGACCACAUGGACCUGCGUCUUCAAUCAUUGCAGCAACAAUAUCCAGACUUAAGACUCGAUGUGGUAGUGGUAUCUUCGCAGAGACCGUCGUCCACAUCGGGAGGAAAACGCUCUACUUUCUACAUCUACGAGGCACUGGAAAUCGUCGUGUUAACCAGAGGCAGACGUUGUGUCGAGGAUUCUGGUACAAAGAUCACAACGUGCAUGGCGGUGUUUGUAGACGACUAUCGCUACGAGCGCGAUAUAGUUCGGACUAAUCUGGUCGACUGGUACAGGAUCGUUUCGAUACUACGAGGUGGUGCACAGGUAUACGUGUGGAUUCGAGUAUUAUUGCUGGGAUAUGGGGCGUACACUGCUACUUGGAGAUCGAACUCCCGGUUGGUAUCGAUGGUGUCAAUAGUAUUCAAGAUCCCCUUCCAAGUCAUCGUGUACUCGAGUUUAUUGCCUGUUAGUAUGUACGUGGGAGCUCUUGUUCUGGAUAAUAGUUUUACGGAUAUCUUUCUGGAUUCAUACUGGGCUUCAGUAGGAGGAGCUGUCAACUUGAAGUGGGUCCCAUUUAUCCAGACAACGUCAGUACAAAUGCGUUGCGUCUGGUUGCUGGCUCUGUUGGCAAGUGGUGUGUUAUUCGCUAUGAGAAGAUUGCGAUGCAAUGGUGAAGGAAUCCUUGGGAUUCGUGGACUUGUGAUCAGCUUGACAGCUUCACUCACAGUCUUUGGACCGUACAAGAGCGUCUACUAUCGUGAUAUGAACAUCACGAGCAUUUUUCGCAUCCCCGACGAAGGUCCGACGAUGGACAUCGUGCGCUCGACGAUCCCAGGAGAUUAUUUGAAUUCAUCGUCCUACUUCUUCGGUAACAGUUUGAAAACCAUGCGCUUGUGUGUUACAGCAGUGGGUGGAUGUGCCAUGGCUGUCAAACUUUUGGGAUAUAUGUCACCUACAACUUCCAGAGGUUACCACAUUAUUCGUGGAAUGAUAUUCCGAUUCUCACAAAUUUCUCCAUACGGGAUCGAACGUCUCUGGACGACCACAUCGCCAAUUAUCCACUUUAGAGCCCCGAUUCGUCUACAGAAGGCUCCGAAUACGCCUACGUCCAAAGCAACAAACCGCACGCAGAUACAGUAUUUCUCACCAGUUUCCGGCGCGUCCCGAGUUGUUCCAUCGCCUCCUCCAAACGCACGAGGCUCAUCACGAACAUUCCUCACUACGGACUCGUCAUCUCAUAGAUGUCGAUGGUAUUCGUGGCUUUUUUGUUGUGUAAAGGACAUUGCUGAGGAUUUCAGGAGAACUCAGCUAUUAACUGGAGCGUUGACUACACGCAGCAUCGAAUCGCACUCCAUUGUACAACUCAUGAACAUCGCUAUGAUGACGGAUCCGUGGAAUUUCUUCUGGCUUCGAGCUAUCGGGGUCCAGCUUUACUUGUACCAAAUUCGACCUUCUCCAGGCGAUCGUAAAAGUUUCUUGCCAUUCGCCGUCAUUUUACCGUAUGCGCCAGACGAAAUCGAAGAACGCACGGGGUUAAGCGUCGAAGACUACGAACUUCUUGACUCUGCGAGCUCACGAGACGUUCCGAUGUUCAUACUGCUUCAAUGCGGGUAA